CGAUGGAUACGUUGCUACUUUCUAUUGUGAUCAAGCUGCGAACUAACAGCUCAUCGACAGAUGACUAUGUAACGGAUUCGGUGCUCAACGAGGCAUGUAAGGUAAUCAAUCUUCGCUUUGCCACUGCAAUAACUUGUGCUGAUAUUGUCAGUCGGUUGGAGCUACUCCGAGUUCGCCACCAGACUUUCAACGAAGUUGUUAGUACACCGGGAGUCAGCUGGGACCUUGAUGAGAAGCGCAUCAUUGCAGACGAAGAAACUUGGAAGUUUAUAUUUCGGACACCCCCUCGCUGGUGCUUACUAUUACCGAGACGAGGUGGAAUAUAGCCGCUUAACGACCAUGUUUGGGCUUCGGGAUGUGAAUAAGGAGAAGUCGCGAGAGGUGAUAGCCAUAUCCGACGCAACGGAGGUUAUCGUGAUAACCGAUUCCCCCGUACCAAAUGCACAUACUCGUGCGAAGCAUUUUCCUUCGCCAGCUGAUCCCGACGAAGUCAAUUCGCCAUUUGUCAAUCCAUCUACAAUGGUUCGCCGGAAGCUUUUUGAUGAGGCAUCAACCAAUAUCGAACAAGGCUCGCCAAGCAUUGCUGGAGGACUUGUUUGACGAAUGGAUCCAACUCGGUUGUUUCCAGUGAAGCCAUUAUACUCAUCGCCGAAAGGCUCAUCGUGCGCGUCCUGGAGUCCUGCAGCCCCAUCGCGCAAAUUCGCCCCUUAAGUAUCUACGUUUUGCCCCCGACCAGUCUCGAUAACUUUUGUCUACGUAGUAAUAUAUUGUUGUGUAAGUGGAAUGAAGAAAUGACAGUUGAAUGUAGGUUUAGCUUGUGUUCUUUGUUUUGCGAUGUACAAGGGAGACUGCUCUGAUGGGUGUUGUAUUAUGUGUGUAUAAUUUUCAAAUGAAAUGCAAUGUUAGUUGGAUA